UUUGACAUCCUACUCUGGUUAAGUUAUCGUCUCCAAGAAGGCCAAAUUUCUCCUCUUUCUCUCCGCGCACCAUCCGAGAGUCUCAGUGGAAGCUCCAAGGUCUGUAGAUUGUGCUUCAAUGGCGUUAACGCUGAAUACAGCUCCAUCUGUAAGAUUAUCGAGUGUCCACGCCAAUCGAGUUCGAAUUCAGUCCGCUUUAUCGCCGGUUUCUGUUUCGUUUUCUAGGAGGAGGCUAUCGAUUGUUGCCGCAGAAACUGACGCGAACGAAGUUAAACCUCAGGCACCAGAUAAAGCGCCGUCUAAUGGUGGUUCGAGCUUCAAUCAGCUUCUUGGAAUAAAAGGUGCUGCGCAAGAAACUCAGAAUAAAUGGAAGAUUCGGCUUCAAUUGACAAAGCCUGUUACAUGGCCGCCCUUGGUUUGGGGAGUAGUUUGCGGUGCUGCUGCUUCUGGUAACUUCCAUUGGAAUUUUGAGGAUGUGGCAAAAUCAAUUGUUUGCAUGCUUAUGUCUGGCCCAUUUCUCACUGGCUACACGCAGACCAUCAAUGAUUGGUAUGACCGAGAGAUCGAUGCAAUUAACGAACCUUAUCGUCCAAUUCCUUCUGGAGCAAUAUCUGAGAAUGAGGUUAUAACUCAAAUAUGGGUAUUGCUUCUGGGAGGACUUGGCUUGGCCGGUUUGUUAGACGUGUGGGCAGGACAUGACUUCCCUAUAGUCUUUUACCUUGCUCUGGGUGGCUCUUUGUUAUCAUAUAUAUACUCUGCUCCACCUCUAAAGCUGAAACAAAAUGGAUGGAUUGGAAAUUUUGCUCUUGGAGCUAGUUAUAUCAGUUUACCAUGGUGGGCAGGCCAAGCUUUAUUUGGAACUCUCACUCCUGAUAUCGUAGUUCUCACACUCUUGUACAGCAUAGCUGGAUUGGGAAUAGCAAUUGUAAAUGACUUUAAAAGUGUCGAGUCACUUCCAGUUGCUUUCGGUGCUGAAACUGCUAAAUGGAUUUGUGUUGGCGCAAUUGACAUAACUCAACUAUCCAUUGCCGGUUAUCUGUUGGGAGCUGGCAAGCCGUAUUACGCAUUGGCCCUCCUUGCUCUAAUCGCUCCCCAAGUUUUUUUUCAGUUCAAAUUCUUCCUCAAGGACCCCGUCAAGUACGACGUCAAAUAUCAGGCCAGUGCCCAACCAUUUCUUGUGCUGGGUCUAUUGGUUACUGCUCUAGCAACCAGCCAUUAAACUCGAUUACACGGAGAAUCAAAAGUGCACCCACGGGCAGGAACCCAAGUCCGCGGAUGCUCCCCAGCAGCAGCUCAAUCAAGGUUUUAUUUACCUUGUUUAGUAACCGCAAGUUUUGGACUUCCUUCCUCCUAGCUUUGGUUUAGGCUACUAUCAGUACUUAGGAUAAAGUGAAAUAUUUUCUCAGUUCAUAGCUUGCCAUAGGUUUAAUAUGUAUUCACACGCGAAUUUUCUCUCUCAGUUCCUAACAAGGGACAGAGAGUUCAUAAUGCAAACUCUGGAAUUCUGUUCCCA